AUGGAGCCAUUGGAGAGGAGAUGUAGUCAUUGCGAGCAUUGUAGUCGUUGGAGGUGUAUAAGGGAGAAUUGGAUUACUAAAUGGAUUGUAGCCAUUGGAAACACGCAUGAAAUAGAGGGUGUCAUUUUAAACCGAAAAAACCGCAAAAACCAACCGAUAAUUUACCGCAAUGAAACCGCAAUCGCGAUAACAUCGGUGCUCAAACAACACAACGAGGUUCUUCAAAUCCACUCACCACCAACACUUGAGUUUGUAACUUUAGUUUGUAACAUUUGUGCAUUGCAUUUUCCUUUUAGUUUGUAA